AUGUUCACAGCAUCAACAAGUGGGCUUGCAUCAAGCAUCGUAGUUAUCAUAUUGCUCUCUUCCAUCUUGAGACUAACGUUCGCACAAAAAGACAACGGCAAUGAAUGUUCUUGUUUCCAAACAAAUGGCUCAUCAGCUGGCUACUUCACUUUUCACCGUUUCCUCGACUACAGAAACAUCCCAUCAAUAUCCCCAGAAGUCCCAGCGCUAAUCCCCAAUAUCACAAACGCAACAAAUGCCAUCGCUACAUCAGAUUUCUUCACCAACGAAGCUUGGAGGAACGAUUGGGCUAUCCAGAACUGGAACAACAGUGAUGAUGUUGCUUCGGGCGACUCACCAACACUGCGAGUAAACUCCGCAAACAACGUUUACAUUGAGAAAAGCAAUGACACCGACCCCUCCUACGCAACCUUCCUCACCCUCCGCACCGCUCGCCUCCCCACCUUCCAAUCAACCGGCGAAAUCGACUCCGUGGAAAAGAACUACCGGUAUCUAUCUGCACGUUUCCGUGCACGCGUAAUCGGUUCUCCAGGCGCCUGUGCAGGUAUAUUCACAUACCGACACACCACGCCCUCGCCCUCAAGCGUCCAAGAAGCCGACAUCGAAAUCCUAACCCGCGGCGCCCGCAACGCAGUCCAAUACACAAACCAGCCUUCGCAAGACGCACAGACCGGCGAUGAUGUCCCGGAAGCGACGCGCAAUGUGACUAUUCCGCAGGGACGGGAUUGGACGGCGUGGAAUACGUAUCGCGUGGAUUGGAUGCCGGGGAUGACGAGUUGGUAUGUGAAUGGGGUAAGCGUGGCGGAUAUUGGGUUUCAGACGCCCAAGGAUCCGGCGGGGUUGUGUGUCAAUAUCUGGAGUGAUGGAGGGGUGUGGACGGGGAAUAUGAGUACGUAUGAUGAGGCAUUCUUGCAGAUUCAGUGGGUUGAGGUGGUCUUCAAUACUAGUGGGCCUUAUGUUGGGCCGACGGAUAAGAGGGGGAUGGUGAAGAGAAAAGGGGAGAAGGAAAAGGGGUGUAAAGUUGUUUGUGGAAUUGAUGAGAAGGUCAAUAUUACGGGGACGCCGGCGGUGUUGUCGAGCAGAGCAGGCGCGGCUCGAAAUGGUAAUGGAAGUCUGGUCUUGGUUCCUCUAUUGUUGGUUAUUGGUCUGGUAUUUGGAUAUUUCUAG